UGAUGAACACGUUCCUUGGCGAGAAUACGUUCAAACAAGGCAUUAGAAACUACAUACACAAAUACAAAUUUUCCAAUGCCGAACCCGGAUGAUUUGUGGAGCUCAUUGACGGAGGAAGCACACCGACAAGGAACUUUGGACAAAAAUCUAACCGUGAAACAAAUAAUGGACACAUGGGCGUUGCAAACAGGUUAUCCCGUAUUGAAUGUCGUCCGGGAUUAUUCUGCGGGCACGGUUACAUUGUCCCAGGAAAGGUAUCUAACGAUCAAAUCAAACGAUACGGACAAUAAAACCUGUUGGUGGAUACCAAUCACUAUGACAACUUCUGGGGACUUUAACCAGACAAAUGCGACAUUUUGGUUGAAUUGCGAAAACAACAACCUCACCACGCCAUUGGCCAAAGACAACGAGUGGGUCAUCUAUAACAUGCAGAUGACAGGUAGGUCUUAUAUUAUUAUAAAAAGGAAGUCCGAUCACACGCACCUGCGCAUCGCUCCCGAUCAGUUUUUUUUUGUUUCGACGGAAAACCCGCGCCGAUCCGAGUGAAUCAAGUGCCUAUCGCUUCGUCUCGACCCCGCCGUCACGCAAAGACAUCGCGCGUUGAAAUCGGUCCACUCGCGCCCGCGAUAUCGCGACCACAGUGUCCGAAACCCGCCGCCCGCCUCCGG